AUGGCCGGGCUGCUGCUGCCGCUGCGGGUCCUGCUGGCUAUGUUGGUGGCGGCGUCCCCAGGCGCCCGGGCGCUGGAGCUGCUGGGCGGCGCGGGCGUCGGGGCGUACGACGCGUCGGAGCGGCUGGGCGGCGGUCGCGGCUCGGGGCGCUGCCAGGCCAUCGAGAUCCCGAUGUGCCAGGGGAUCGGCUACAACCUGACGCGCAUGCCGAACCUGCUGGGGCACGAGCACCAGGGCGAGGCGGCGCUCAAGCUGCACGAGUUCGCGCCGCUGGUGGCUUACGGCUGCCACGGCCACCUGCUCUUCUUCCUGUGCUCGCUCUACGCGCCCAUGUGCACCGACCAGGUGUCCAGCAGCAUCCCGGCCUGCCGGCCCAUGUGCGAGCAGGCGCGCCAGCGCUGCGCGCCCAUCAUGGCGCACUUCCACUUCGGCUGGCCCGAGGCGCUCGACUGCGCCCGCCUGCCCACCAAGCACGACCCGCACGCCCUGUGCAUGGAGGCGCCCGAGAACGCCACCGCCGAGCCCCAGCGCGGAGCCGGCAUGCUCCCGGUGGCCCCUCGCCCGGCCCGGCCCGCCGUCGAGGGCAGGCCCCCUCCGGCAGGCAGCCCGCCCGGCUCGGCUCCGGGAGGCCCGUGCGCCAACGGCGACAAGUUCCAGUUCGUGGCCAAGAGCGCGUCGUGCGCCCCGCGCUGCUCCCCGGGAGUGGACGUGUACUGGGCGCGUCGCGACAAGGACUUCGCCUUCAUCUGGAUGGCCGUGUGGGCCACGCUCUGCUUCGCCUCCACCGCCUUCACAGUGCUGACUUUCCUGCUGGAGCCCCAGCGCUUCCAGUACCCGGAGCGGCCCAUCAUCUUCCUCUCCAUGUGCUACAACGUCUACUCGGUGGCCUUCCUCAUCCGCUCGGUGGCCGGCGCAGAGGCCAUUGCAUGCGACCGUGAGGACGGGCAGCUCUACGUCAUCCAGGAGGGCCUGGAGAGCACGGGCUGCACCCUGGUCUUCCUCCUGCUCUAUUACUUCGGCAUGGCCUCGUCCCUCUGGUGGGUGGUGCUCACCUUGACCUGGUUCCUGGCAGCGGGGAAGAAGUGGGGCCACGAGGCCAUCGAGGCGCACAGCAGCUACUUCCACCUGGCCGCCUGGGGGGUCCCCGCCAUGAAAACCAUCGUCAUCCUCACCAUGCGCAAGGUGGCCGGUGACGAGCUGACGGGCCUCUGCUACGUGGCCAGCCUGGACGUGGCCGCCCUGACGGGCUUUGUCCUCAUCCCGCUGUCCUGCUACCUGGUGGUGGGCACCUCCUUCAUCCUGACGGGCUUCGUCGCCCUCUUCCACAUCCGCAAGAUCAUGAAGACGGGAGGCACCAACACAGAGAAGCUGGAGAAGCUGAUGGUCAAGAUAGGUGUCUUCUCCAUCCUCUACACCGUCCCGGCCACCUGCGUCAUCGUCUGCUACUUCUACGAGCGCCUCAACGUGGAGUAUUGGACUCUCCGGGCCUUGGAGCACGGGUGCCUGCCUUUCCCCGGGCGCCGCAGCCUAGACUGCACCCUGGAGGCCUCUGUGCCCACUGUGGCCAUCUUCAUGCUCAAGAUCUUCAUGUCCCUGGUGGUGGGCAUCACCAGUGGGGUCUGGGUGUGGAGCUCCAAGACCCUGCAGACCUGGCAGAACCUCUGCAACCGGAAACUGGGGGGCAGGACUAGAGGGAAGCCCUGCAGCGGGGUGACUUGCACGGGCACCCACUGCCACUACAAGGUGCCUGCUGUGGUGCUGCACAUGACCAAGACGGACCCUUACCUGGACAACCCGACGCAUGUCUGA